AAGUCACGUUGACUCUGACGACGAUCUGGAUAAAUAACAGAGGAGGACGCCACGUCCAGCAGAACACCAUAGGAAGACCACCUGCAAACAGAAACUCCAGCAGAGGACACAGAUCAGCUCUGAACUUCAGGAGAGAAGAACCAUCAAACCGCCAGGUUACAGAACAUCACCUGAACCUCCAGCAGAGCCCGAGGACCCCGAGGACGACUGGAACAUCUUCGAAAAAUCCAGAUCUGAAGACGAAUCAAAAAAGGACAACUCAAAGCACAAUCAGCAUGUUUUCGACAUCGAGCUCCUCCAAAGUGACGGUUGUCUAUGUGGCAGCGGCGUUGAUGAUGAUGAUGAUGACCAUGAUGACAGAGGGGGCAGCUGUGACAAAACAUGCAGGGAAGACCCACAGGAAGUUGUCUGGCAGCGUAUCGUUGGAAACCGUCCCCCUGCAGCUCAACUACAACACGUUCUCCCGUAUCAGAAACAUCAGGCCGCUGCACAACGCCUCCAUCUCCCCAUGGACUUACAACAUCUCCCGCGAUGACUCUCUGUACCCACCGGUGCUCUCCGAGGCUCGCUGUUUGCUGCAGGGAUGUCUGGACUCUGAGGGCCAGGAGGACCUGGGCCUGGAGUCCAGACCCAUAAUGCACCAGGUGAUGCUGCUGCGCCGGGUCAAAUCAGCAGGGGCGGAGUCAGGAUCGGAUGAAAGCUACCACUUCCGUCUGGAGUCACGCCUCAUCGCUGUGGGCUGUACCUGCGUCCGCCCAAUCAUAAAACACCAACAAUGAAGACCAGCAGAGAUCGGACCAGCUGCUGGAUCAGUGUGACACAAAAAGCAAGUUCUGUACGGAAAAAAAGUACUGCCAAAAAAAGGAACCAUUUUUUUAAAAAGUGUACUUUUGACUAAAAGUAUGAAAGCCCCAAGAGGACAUGCUUCCCUACAUUUUAUUUAACUUUUAUUUACCUGAUAAUGAGUAACUUUCAGCUGUUUUCCUGAGACUCAAAAAGUCCAAGUUAUGAUUUAAUAGUCUCAUGAGUUAAAUGUCAAAAUGAAGUAAUAAGAUAUAAAGUAAUGACUACGUUUGAGUGAAAGCUUUUGGGUAACUAAAUCUUUUUAUGAUUUAGGAGAGUAUAACAAUGAAUCAUCUGCAUAGAAACAAAUUAACCCUAGAUGUAGAUGUUCGUAUGAUUUUGACUAAAAGUUACAGAACAGAUAUUUUUGUGGCGCGCUGCUUUGCUAUGUGCUGGAUUUAAUUCAUUGAGUCUUUUUUGGUAUUAAAAUUUUAUUUUUGUUUUUUGAAAAAAGAUUUCUUCGUCUUGAAAUGUCAGUCAGAAAAGUGGAGAAACACUGAAGCCUAAGUUCAAUAUAUUUAACAUAUUAUUAUUAUUGGAUGUGUUUAUUUGUUAUGAACUAUUUAUUUUUAUUCUACUUUAAAUUCAUUUUUUAUUUAUACGUCAUGAUGAAGGGUAUUUAUUACAAUUUAAAGUAUUCAGUGUUCAGAGGCUGAAUGUGCUGUUGACUCAAUAAAAGAAACUGAA